UCGAUUAUCUUAAUGUCUCUGCAGAGGAAUUUAAUUAUAUUUUGACGUGCCAGAGCGAGUGCUUGUUACGCCUGCCCAUCUGGUGCCACAGGAGGCGGUCAUAUCACCGGCGCUCUCCGGCUCAAUGGACUAACUGUCUUCAUUUGCAGGCUUUCUUUCAUAAGUGCUGCACCCUGGACGCACUUCAGUCUCUCUGCGGAGGUUUCACUUGUUCCUCUGAGCUUCCUUCCCGUCAGCGCACAGGGGUCACAUCCUAACAUGGCUCGGAGACUCUGGCUCUUGCUAAGCAAUUUGUUGUUUGUUCUCUCGUUUGGCGCGGAAGGGGCUUACAGCAGGGAGAGAGUUUACUUUAUCGGAAUCAUAGAGGACGACUGGUCUUACGCACCAAGUGAAAAAAACCUACUGAACGGCCUGAACAUCGAAGAUGACGAACAUGCGUCUAUUUUCUUGGAAAGAGGGAAAGACCGCAUUGGCAGUACCUACAAGAAAGCAAUGUACAGAGAGUACACAGACGCCACCUACAGCCACCUGGCGGCCCGGCCAGAUUGGCUUGGUUUUCUGGGACCCAUAUUGCGAGCCGAGGUUGAUGAUGUCAUCAUAAUUCACUUAAAAAACUUUGCUAACAGGAGCUACUCCAUACAUCCCCACGGACUUUUCUACGCGAAGGACGCAGAAGGAGCUCUGUAUCCAGACAAGACACUCAAUGAUUUGAAGGAGGAUGACUCUGUCCCUCCAGGGGGCAGCUACACUUACCGCUGGGAGGUAAGACCGAGGUUUGCCCCCACAAACGAUGACGCCGACUGCCUGACCUGGGUCUACCACUCCCAUAUUGAUACUCCAAAGGAUAUUGCCUCAGGCCUCAUUGGACCUCUCAUCACAUGCAAGAAAGGAAUUCUGAAGAAUCCUGGAAGACAAGUUUCCGAGUCGGCCCGCAAGGAUGUCGAUCAGGACAUCUAUUUGUUGUUCAGUGUGGUGGAUGAAAACCUGAGCUGGUACCUGGAAGACAACAUUAAGAGAUGCUCGGAACCAGAUGGGGUCUCUUCAGACGAUCCAGAGUUUGAGGAGUCGAACUUGAUGCAUGCUAUAAACGGGUACACAUUUGGUAAUCUGCCUGGUAUUAAGCUCUGCCAGCACCGGCCUGUAGCCUGGCAUUUAUUUGGGAUGGGUAACGAAGUGGAUGUCCACAGUGCUUUUUUCCAUGGAAACACUCUGCUGGACCGAGGCCACCGCACUGAUACAAUCAGCCUGUUUCCGGCCACGUUCGCUACUGCUACCAUGGUCCCAAAAAUGAGAGGAAAGUGGCUGCUGAGCUGCCAGGUUAAUGACCACUUACAAGCUGGUAUGCAGGCCUUUUACGAAGUGAUGUCAUGUGACUCUUCGUCUGGCAGCACAAUACCUGGUGUUGUCAGGAAUUUCUACCUGGCAGCAGAGGAAGUCCAGUGGAACUACGCCCCCUCAGAAAAGAAUUUGAUUAAAAACGCAUCGCUUACUGAAGAGGGCAGGGCAUCAGAUGUGUUUUUUAGCCGAGAUAAUGGAGCAAUUGGAGGUACCUAUGUAAAAGUAAUAUACAAAGAGUACACAGACAAUACCUUCACCCACGUCAAAGCAUCACCAUCCCAUCAUGGACUCUUGGGUCCUGUUCUGAGGGCAGAGGAGGGCGAUAUUCUUAGAGUGACAUUCCAGAACAAGGCCAACAGAAGCUACAGCAUUCAUCCUCAUGGACUUCACUAUGAGAAACAUUCCCAGGGAACCAGCUACGAAGAUGGUUCUGACAACCCAGGGUCACAUGUUGACUCGGGUAAGGAAUUUGUCUACACUUGGCGGGUGCUGGAAGGCCCGUCGCCAUCCGAUUCUCCUUGUAUUCCCUACAUGUACUACUCCGCCACGGAUCCUGUCAAGGAUACCAACUCUGGAUUAGUUGGGCCUCUACUUGUGUGUAAACGAGGAGCGCUGGGGAAGAAUGGAAUCCAGAAGGGUGUUGACAAGGAGUUCUUCCUCCUUUUCUCUGUCAUGGAUGAAAACUUGAGCUGGUAUCUGAAUGAAAGCAUCAGGCUUUUCGGCACUGCUGAGACAGAUGAAGAAGACGAGAACUUUGUGGAGAGCAACAAAAUGCAUGCUAUAAAUGGACUCAUGUACGGGAACCUUCCGGGGCUGGAAAUGUGUGCCGGGGACAAUGUCAUGUGGUACACCUUUGGGCUCGGCACAGAGGCAGACAUACACGGAGUGUAUUUUGAGGGAAACACCUUUGAGAAACAAAGCACUACACGCGAUACAGUCAGCCUGUUUCCCCACACCACUGCAGCUCUCUUCAUGCAGCCAAAUAAUCAUGGCCUGUUUGAGGUGGACUGCAGAACAACAGAUCACUUCUCAGCUGGCAUGAGGCACCUUUACAAAGUCAAACCUUGCAAGGCAAAAAGCAUACAUGCCCCACACUCUGACUCUCCCAGGAUUGUGAAGUAUUAUAUCAGUGCAGAGGAAAUUGAAUGGGACUACUCACCUACAAGAGACUGGGAGCUGGAGAAACACAAAACAAAUCCAGAGGAGAGUCCAGGCAAUAUAUUUGUGGGUAAAGGGGAGAACAGGAUUGGCUCCCGCUAUAAGAAGGUAGUGUAUCGUGAAUACACAGAUGAAACCUUCAAAAAUCAGAAGGCACGGGAGGAACACUUGGGCAUCUUGGGUCCGAUAAUCCACGGAGAGGUGGGAGAGCGGAUUCUGAUUAUAUUCAAAAACAAAGCCAGUCGGCCUUACUCCAUCACACCACACGGAGUCAAGGCCAGCGGUUCACACACUGCUGUUCAACCUGGCCACAUUAUUGAGUUGACUUGGGAUAUUCCUAAAAGCUCUGGACCAACAAAUUCAGAUCCUAACUGCACUACCUAUGCUUACUUCUCAUCUGUUGACUACGUCAAGGAUCUCUUUAGUGGUCUUCUUGGGCCGCUGGUGAUAUGCAGGCCUGGGACUCUGGGCCAUGGCGAGUUGGUUGACAGACAAAGGCGGGACAUAGACAGGGAGUUUGCGCUGCUGUUUUUGGUGUAUGAUGAAAACCAGUCCUGGUACUUGGAUGACAACAUUAAGACAUACCUUGGCGUCGACCCUGGAACAUUUAAAAAAGAUGAAGACUUUAAGGAGAGUAACUUGAUGCACGGAAUUAAUGGUAGACUGUAUGGUAACCUCCGUGGACUGGUGAUGAAGGAGAAUGAGAAAGUCGACUGGUAUCUACUUGGCAUGGGCAAUGAAAUAGACAUGCACACAGUUCACUUUCAUGCCGAAACCUUCAUCUACAGGACGGACCAUGUGCAUCGCGCAGAUGUUUUCGAUUUGUUCCCUGGGAUUUUCCAGACUGUUGAGAUGGUGGCGGCAAACCCAGGGACAUGGCUGCUCCAUUGUCAUGUCUUUGACCACAUCCAUGCAGGCAUGGAGACCACUUAUACAAUAAAAGCUACAGAAAUCCACUUGCGAGCUACUGCACCAGAACAUAAAGUCGGUUUGAAGACGCUGCUGUUCGCACCUGGAUUCAGUCUGCUAGUCAGAAGAAUUUAUAGAUGAGGGACAGAUGAUUGUAUGUGUGUUAGCACAAUUAUGGUCAAUGAUGCACCUUUCUUUUGAUUGCCUAAAGUAAUCAAAACUCUGUAAGAUAAUGCAUAAUAGAUUGUAUUGUGUAUGUUAUGUCAACCACUGGAUGGUCAUGCCUAUUCCAAUAGCUUGAUGGUAUUUUUUAAUUGUGCACUGUCAGUCCAUUAUUUUAAGAAAAAGGGAGAUGUUGAACCAAAUAUUUUAAGUUGGUUUUGAAUGUAUGGGUAAAUCUAUUUCUUCAAGCUGUUUUGUUAACUUGAAGAAAUUUGUUUUUGAUGAAAAGAAAGACCACUGUUUUUUUUCUUUCUCUUUUUUGACUUCUGCAUGUGAGCAUCUCUUACUACCACAAGGUGGUGAUCAUUCAUGCAUCCAUUCAGUCUGGAAACAAACGGAAAGUUAUUCAAAGAGCAGGUCGUCGAGUCUGUCUGAAUGCAGCAGUCAACAAAGUCUGCAUCACAGUUCACAGAUCUAUGGAUUUUUGUUAUGGAGACUAGCAUGGUGUGAAUGUUGUAGAUUUUGUGAAAUUAUAUUGAGUUCACCAGAUGGAUUCAGUUCAUUAGCAAGAGUUUAGUUUUUCAUGGGAAGUGUUGUUUAAAUGGGGACCAAGAAAGCAGUGCUGCAGUUUUAAGUCAAAUUUCAUUCAAACCAUGUAUUGUUUUUCAUAAGGUGCAUUUUGUUUCUGAUUUAGUUAUUUUGUUUCUAAUUUAGCUAUUAACUGAAAUUACAUUUUAACCUUGGUGAAUUGCUCAUAUUUUGGUUACACAGCGACUGUUUGUGGGUCUGGUGGACUUGCUGCAUUUUACUGUUGAAACUCAGCACAAAAUAAAUAUAAACAGAAUUUUUUUAUUUUAUUUUUGCCUUUAGACUUUAAAAGAAAACAUUGUAAGAAAAGAAAUUAUUACUCAUUCAUGUUUGCUCUAUGAUGAAAACAUUUAAAUUUAAAACGGAUCAAAUUUCUUUUCAAUAUGUUUAUCUUAUUACACAAGAAUCAAAUGUGAUUGUAGUGUGCUUUCUAAAUCUUAAUGUUGCUCGAAAAUAAUACAUUUUUCCUCAAGACGUCCAUUAGUUGGUCAUAACAUUUUCAAACAGGCCUGUAGUUAUCUGUGUUUGUAGCAGAUGGAUUUCCUUAUUCAAAACAAUAAGGCUAAAUAUAUAAAAUCUGAACUUGGAGAUCUGGCUGUAUAUAACAGCUUUGUGGCUCCAUGGGGCCCACAGAGCCUGAAAGUUGGGAAAAAUUAGUGCCUUGAAAUUUUGAAACUGAAUUUUUCGUUUUGACAGUUCAGGACCUUUAAAAUAAAUGUGUUCAAAUCCCUAAAUCCCUCCUCUGGUAUCUUCCCCAAUGAACCAGAUAUAUAAUGAGAUGGAUAAACCCUAUGAAGUAAAAAAAUAGUGCACUGUUGGUUAAUUUUAAUUGUGGUCUAUUUGUGUAUGCAGGAGUUUGUGAUAAGACUGAAUAAUUAUUAAGCCUUUCAUGGGCACUCAUAGUAGCAGGUCUAGAAGACGGUCCUUCAUCAUUUCCUGAAACACAAAUCCAGGGUGUGAUAGAGGAGUGUUUCUUUACCUCUCAAUCUAACAGCUUGACCUGUGUACCAGCAGAAAUUAGCAUAUCAGUGUUUAUGUCCCUGUGAUUGUUGUUGUUCACUCAGUGAUUGAUUUGCAUAUUGAUCACAUCAGAUCUAGAGUCCACUGCAAGUUAAGACAAACACUACCCAAACUGAAAAACAACUUUUAACCAUCCUGGAUUUGUAACCCUUCCAACUUUCAUGCAAUUCAUUUAAACUUCUAAAUUUUUAGGCAUGAAUAUUAUAGUAUGCAUGUAUAAGAAUUACUGAUGACUGUUUUAUCUAUUUUUUAGUCACAAAAUGGGUCAACAUGAGUAGGCCUAAUGUGCAGCAUCCAAGAAUGUGUUUAUUGCAUAAAUUAAUGA